CCUUCGAUUGCAUUUUUGAUGUCCUCCCAGAUUUAUUUAUUUAUAUGUUUAAUAUAAAUCCAUAUAGCUGCCAUCACUACACGAACAGAUGUAGCUAUAAAAACAGAUUUAAGAAUCUCUCUUCUUCAAUUCCAUUCAUUAUGUGAUUUUUUUACAAAUAUACUUAUAUCAUGCAUUGCACAAGACAUUUCGUUAAAAUGAAGGGUAGUCAAGGCCAAAUCAUGGAUUGAUAACCAGGUUGAAUAUUAUGUCUACCUUGGAAAAUUAAUAAUAUAGUGGCAAUAGCUUUUAAUGGGGCAAUAUAAAUGUGAGCUUUUGUGUAACAUGUCCUUACGAAAAUAAGCUAAGUUUCGUUUUAUUUGUACUUCAACCAUAACAUUCACAAAUAUAGCCUAUAUGGUCUCGUAACAACAAACACAGUUUAACCAUGGUAUUUGUAGUAAAACUAUGGUAAUCAAUCUGCCAGAAAACAUGAUUAAUACACUUUCACUAUAAAACAGUUACUUUUCCUAAGAAAUCAAAGACAAUUAAUUGUUCUAUUUUGUUAACGUUAAAUAGCCCAAUGAAGUAUUGUCAUGACUUUCGGUUUUACGAGGCAUUGUUGACCUCUUGUGGCUAAAACCAGAGUUGCUCCGCUCAAAUCAUUCGACUUCAACGUACCGCGAGAACAGUCCAAACGCAGGCGCUUUCGAAUGGCUCUCGCGAUACUCUGAUGUCAUACGUUGAUCAGUCUGCGCAGCGGAGCAUGAAGAGCAGACCUAAUUACGCGCUGAUUGUGUUUUACUGGUGUCAAUAGAUUGUGUCCUGCUUUGUAUCUCCAUCUGGAGCGUAUCGUCUGCACUUCUUCUUCCAUUUUAAACUAGCGUUUGUGAACAUGUGUAUAAACUAUUUAUUAUUUGUAAUCUUCUGUCUUAAUUUGUGUAAUGCCGAUCCUGGUGAGGCCCAUUGAUUUAUAGUUUAAAAGCAUAAUGACAAAAGUGCCGAUCUUGAGUGUGUUGUGGAUGACGUAAAUCAUAUCGCCUAGAAAUAACUCUGCUGAGAAUCUAAUGCUAAUGUGAGCCUGUCAGCUGAGACGGAUUGCAUUUUUGACAAGGGCUGUGAUGAAAUGGCUGGUAUACGUGCAUUCAUCAGAGAGGAGGAUGAGGAGGAGAGUCGGAUUAUAGGUGGGCAAGAGGCGUGGGCACAUUCCUGGCCCUGGCAGGUGUCACUGCAGUACUCUGACUUGCCAGCCUGCGGGGGAGCCAUCCUUGACCUACACUGGGUGGUCACGGCCAGCCACUGCUUCAAACGUUACAAUAAGGCGUCGCUAUGGACUGCAGUGGUCGGAAGACACAAUUUAGAGAAUGCGAAUGAAUCCUGCCAUCAAACUGUAAAGGUGGAAAAAAUCAUCUCUCAUGAGAACUACAUCCAGAAGACAAAUGAGAAUGAUGUUGCCCUGCUGAAACUGCAGAAUCCACUGCAGUUUAAUGAGUGUGUGAGACCAGUGGCCAUCUGGAACAGUGACGUACCGUCUCAGGAAACAUGUGCUGUCACUGGCUGGGGUGCCAUUAGAGAAAAUGGUCCGCGUGCCUUCAAACUCCAAGAGGUCAAUGUAACUGUUUUUAAGCCGGAGACAUGUAGACAGCUUUUUGGAGGAAAAAUGCACGCAUUUAUGAUGUGUGCAGGGGCGGAUGCAGGCGGAAUGGAUGCUUGUCAGGGGGACUCUGGUGGUCCCCUUUCCUGCUUCACAGGAGAGAGGUACACGCUCGCUGGGGUGGUCAGCUGGGGGGUCGGGUGCGGUCGGGCCAAAAAACCAGGGGUCUACACAAAACUUGUCCAUUACAAACAAUGGAUUCAAUCGACAAUACAUGGUGAACUGAAGGCAGCCGUCUCUGGAAUGGAAUCAGCUGCUCAUUGUGGGCAGGCCAAGGUGGACCCCUGCCAACUGCCCAAUGGCUUGGCACAGGUGGUUCCCGUUGAGGAUGGAACAUUUAAGGUGGACAAUGUAAGCGAAGCGUGUCCUCACUCUUGGCCAUGGCAGGUCAGCCUGCAAAGCCACGACCUGCAUUACUGUAGCGGUGUCCUCCUUCACCCCAGCUGGGUACUGGCACCUCGCCACUGCGUUGCCAAGGUUGAAGAUGCUGUGUUUUUAGGGGCUCAUGACCUCAACUUCAUGUCUGGCCAGACCUCAGCUGUGAAAAGCGUGCAGAGUCUGACCAACGACGGCAGCUUCCCACCUAUGUCUGACCUCUCCAUGAUCCACUUAACUGUCCCAGCUCGAAUAGGACCAACAAUAUUCCCGGUGUGCAUAAUGGAAAAUGACGAUAAAAUGGUUGAUGAGGAAGAAUCGUCUUGCGUGACAACAGGUUGGGGGCCAAGAAAAGCUACCUUGGACCUGAACCCUGAUAUUCUGCAUAUGGCCAGGGUGAAAUUACUUUCUGAGAACGUCUGCAAAGCUGGCUGGGGAGAAAUUGUUGCCAAGAAAUCUCUUCUAUGCACAGACGCAGCAGCAUCCACCUCCUGCUUGGGGGACUCAGGUGCACCUCUUGUGUGUCAGAACAAUGGGCUGUACUACCUUGUUGGACUGACGACAUGGGGAGGCAGGAAAUGCGAACCACGGAAACCGGCUGUAUUCACCCGAGUGUCAGCCUUUUACUCAUGGAUACAAACUUGGAUCAAAACGCCCUGAAAUCUUUAA